AUGCACUCAAUUUAGUACAUUUUUAUAAAAGCUUGCUGGAAGGUAGAUUAGACGAAUAGUAUCUGACGGAAGGAAUCGCGUAAAAUCUUCGAUUGUUGUUGAACAGUUGUGAAAUCCAUUUACACCUGUAACAGGUUGGAAAUAACUCGCAGAUACCCGGUAACUGCUUUACCCAAGAUAAUUCUAUUUGCUGUUUAACAUUACGUUAACCAGAUAAAAACAACACAAGUGAUGAAGAAAAUUGUUAUAAGAAGACAUUGUGUAAAAAUGAAGUAAAAUGCAGAGUUUGAAAGGACAUCUAUAUAUCUAAGAUACAACGAUAAGUUUAAAACUGUCAGCAAUCGUAGCAAGAAUAAAGGUAAAGCGAUAACAAUAGCUGUUACAAUGCUCUUUCAAUGUAUCAGACAUCUAUCUUCGGUUUAAAAGCACACACCGAGACUUGCGCUCAUACUUUUGUUUCAAUAGAGUUUGAGCGUCUAUUCAGCUAUUAAGAAUCAAUUAUUAUAUUUUACGUCAAGAGGAAAAAGAAUAAGAGACGUAUUGAAACCCUCAGAGAUUGUGGAUUUCCAAACAUCAGUUCUCGGAUAAUUACUGCGCAAUUCAUACCAUUUCAUCGGAGUACAUAACAAUAAUAAUAUCCAUUAGUGAUCUAGGUAUCUGGGCACUAUACACGUCUAACAUGUUGUUUUUGGAUUAUGUGUUUUGGAAGCAUCUCCUGUAAUACUUUCAUCGAGAGAAGUAGACUUUGGGUAUCAUUAUAACCUUGAUUUGAUACUGACGUAGGUGUUUUUUCUGGAUAUUUAGGAGGAUUAGUUAGAGAAGUGUCAAACGUUUGAAAACCAAUUUGGAUAAAGUAAUAAUCUUUCCAGAAGAAAGUAAAUGGAAUCAUUGAGUGGCUUUUUAAUGCAGCAAAAACAGAAAACCUCGCGCGGAAUCUUCACGUUUAACGCAAAGUUAUGAAUUUUCAUUUACAUUCACAUGCCAUUUAUUAAUAAAAUACAUUUUAAUUUUACACGCCAACGUUAAUUUAAUUGCAAAAUAAUCGGACCUGACAAUUUAAACAUCUCAUUUUACAUCUUACAAGUCCUGCGUAUUUACUCCCUGAUUUUGAUUGGUGGAUUACCAUUUUAGCGUGUAUUUAACCGCUGACUGAGGAAUUGAGACCGCAAAUGGUGUUUUGGGAUUACUGUAACAUGGAUAAGUAUCCGGGAAGUAGGCAAGGGCUGAGUCGCAGACGAAUUACCUUAGCAGUUAUAGUAGAUGUCACACUGUUUUUAAUAGUGGGUAUCCCGGUAUUGUUCCUCUUUCUCCGAGGGACGCCGUUUGAGCGCGGCUUUCUUUGUGACGAUCCAGGCCUCUCUCUCCCCUACCGACCCGAAACCGUCUCCACUUCUGUUCUCAUCAUCGCAGGCUUAAGCGUUUCCAUCUUUGUGGUAUUGCUUGUUGAGCUACUGAACACAGCAGAUCAGAAGUGCCGUCAUCCGUGUCAGAAUGCAGAGGGACUGGUCUACUGUGUGCGCGGAUACAGCGUCUUCCUCGUGGGUUUUGUGCUGCAGCAGCUGAUUGUGGAAUUCGUCAAAAACCAGCUUGGUUCACUCCGACCUAACUUCUUUGACGUCUGCCGGCCAAAUUUUAACCGAUCACUCUGUCCUGGAUACAUCAGUGAGUUCACUUGUACCGGAAGUGAGCACGGAGCAGAAGAAAUUCGGGACAGCCGACAGUCGUUUCCUUCCGGUCACUCAUCUCUGUCUAUGUACAUCGCCAUCUAUUUCUCUUUUUACAUACAGCGGCGACUUCAAGUGACUUUCUCAAGGACACUGAAAAUAUUUCUGCAGUUCGGACUUGUCUUCCUCUCGUUGAUCUGCGGUCUUGGCCGUAUCCAGGACAACAAGCACCACCCUGCUGACGUCAUCGUGGGAUUUCUUCUCGGUUCAUCUACAGCGAUUCUAGUGUUUCACUUCGUCGGCAUCAAGGUCCUUACACAUUUUGAUGAUUCUGACGAUUUACCUUCCCGAUCGACAAAUGAACCACAAGACUGCUGCGCAUGCAGAGUGACCACUCCUAUAAUUGUUGAACCGCAGACACCCGCGCCGUUGCUACCAAACGAAUACUUUAGCGGCAUGUCAAAUUGCAAUGGAAGCGUACUGAGACACACGUGCAAUCUCAAACUGAAUGACUUACCAAAUGUAAGGCGUCAUAUGUCUACUCCUAUCACACCAAGUCGUGAGAUUGAAGAUGUUUGACACAUGUGACAUUAUACAAUAAGAAUGAUUCAGCAUACAUCCAAAGACUAAGUCUCUGAUAAAUGCGGUUCGUGAUUUUUGCGAAAAUGCAAAAGACAAUCGUCGUAUGCAAUAAGAAUUUAUCCGGUAUCGAAGGCAUACACGAAUAUAACUGCUUUAUAAAGUGACAGACACUAGGACACAAGAUCAGUUGUUAAAGUGUUGAUUUGUAAUGCGACUUGACUAUUUAAAAACUUAAUUAUGUGAACUGUAUAUGCAUGUUAUUCAUUUGUCUAGAGGCUUACCUGUGAUACUAUAUAUGUUUGAAUUGACGCGGUGAUAACAAAACGAUGUAUAGUGCUUGCAACUUCGCAUAUAUUGCCUUCGUUUGUGUCACUUAACUUGAAAAUCUUGUCUGCAUUGUUUAUUCCUACAUGACAAAAUACGGAACCGCGCUUACAUGAUGGUAUUUUUAGACUGUUUUCUGUCCUUCAGGAAUAUUUGCUGGAACAAAUGCACACGGAAUGCUAUUCCGAAAAACUCAAUGCAAUUCUUGUGAAGAACAAUAACAAUAAAUGAAAACAACUAGAAAUAAUGAUCAUUGACUAUG